UGAAGUGGAGUAAAAGAAGGGCUCAUCAAUUCUUCUACUUGGCUCUCUUAUCACUAUUCGUUCUCUUCUCUCCUCUUCACAAUCAAAGCGCCAGUAGGCUCCAUGGUGGAAUGCAGAAGGAAGACUCUGCUACACGCUCUUCGUUUCCUACCUAUCUGACCACCAACUCAUCUAUCCAUAAAUCAUCGAGGGUUUUAGGUGAUUCGGAGUGGGCUAAGGCAUGCGGUUCUUCUCGGAGUUAUAAGAGAAAGCUAAGACGCUCGACGAGAUACCCACAGCCAAGGAGGAGCCGACAGGAAAAAUGUGAUAUUUUUGCUGGCAGAUGGGUUUACGACACUGUCUCCUAUCCAUUGUACGAUGAGGGUGGUUGUCCAUAUAUGUCUGAUCAAUUAGCUUGCACAAAGCACGGUCGGCCAGAUGUGGAAUACCAGAGAAUGCGAUGGCAGCCCCAUGGAUGCAACUUGAAGAGGUUUGGUAAUUUUUACUUGUUUUAAAUAUACAUUUUGUUGAAUCUGGUUUUGCUUGUGGAAUCACACCGAAAGGGAGAGCUAGUGAAGGAGGAAAGGAUGAACUAGAUAAAAGAAAGUACAUGAUGUAUGAUAUUAAAUUUCAGGGGCACGGUUCAAUAGAAAAGGAAUCCUCCUUUUUACAUUAACUUCCCUUUAUA